AUGGAGCCGGAGGACCUACCGUGGCCCGGCGAGCUGGAGGAGGAGGAGGAGGAGGUGGAGAACGCGUUCCCGGCGGCGACCGAGGAGACCGGGGAGGCCCGGACCGCUGAAGAGACUGUGAAAGUGGAAGAGGUAGACUUUGAAGAGGCGGGGCCCGAGGUGGAUUUGGAUUUUAACUGCGAGUCCCAAACGCGGGAAAGCACGGACGAAGAGGAGGACGAGAUGGCCAAGGCCUGGCUGCAGGCGCACCCUGCCCAACCUGGCAGGGCUUUCCCUCCGCCCCCGCCCCCGCGGUACCUGUACGCUCCGGUGGAGCAUCUGAGCGAGACUGAGGUUGUUUCACUGACGUGCCGUGGGUGGCAACAGUCAUCGUAUCAAGACAACUGUAGAGCACAGCUUUCCAACUCCGGUGUAGUGUUAUUGGAGACAACAGUCCAGUGCGGUCCCGGGGAGGAACAGAGAGCAGAAUCUUGGCAUCAUCUUCCUCAAGAAAGGGACUCUUCCCAAACCUUGGAUACGCCCCAGACUGAGAUUGACGUGAGAAGAGAAGGAAUUAAAGUAAUAGACUUCCCCUCUCUGGAGAAGAGUGAAUUGGCUCAGUCAGAACGUCCAGUCAUGAAACCAAAGCUAAAUCUCUUGUGUUCUCCAUUGCUAGUCAUCCAGGAUAAUUUUGCUACUCCUGAUUUGCCUUUGCUGACAUGUUUGACACAAGACCAGGAAUUUGAGCCUGAUUCUUUGCUCCAACAAAGUGAACUAGAAUUUGCACCUUUGAGAGAGGUUCCCGAUAAGUCAGAAGAUACUGAAUGGCUUUCUCGGCCGUCAGAAGUUAGAGAAGCUUUAUUCCAGGCCACCUCAGAAACAUCUUCAGACUUAGUUAACAGUUGCCUUAGUAUAUCUCAACAUCCACUUACAGGUAGCACAACUUUUGGGUCUCAGCGCUCUCUUUUCCCAUCUGAACAAGAGAAUAAUGGAGAGAAUGCACCACCUGAUGCUCCUGAUGAACUGAAAGGCCCCAAUGGUUCUGAUCACUAUGAUGCCCUGCUUUCAUAUAUGUCAUGGCAGACAGAAAAGGAUACUCAGCAACCAGAAGGCAAAUUGACUGAUAAAGACCAGGUUUCCACUUCAACUUUAUCUGAUAUUAGUGAUGAAAGCAUAACUGCUAGAAGAAUCAAUGACUUUGAUUCGGCUUGUUCACAUGCUCAGUAUUGGAAACAGGAAACCUUACAGCAGUCAGAAGCAUGUCUACCCCGUAUGGACCAGGCUUCCUUCCCAUGCGAAAUUACUCCUCCUAAUAAAAUGUCAUAUUCUUUCCUGCGAUGCAUGUUGGAAAGAGCUAAAGGGGCUCCCUUGACCUCUGUUAACCAUCUUGAGAAUGUUUGUUUAAGGUCUCCAUCUGAGGAUAAAAUGAGUCCAAAGAUGGAUUCUUUGGGGGGCUUUGAAGGAAAUGAAGAUAAGAAGAAAAAAUUACCUCCAUUUUUUAAGCAAAAGGAGAUUAGAAAUAUUUUGCCGUCACCUCAGGUGCAUGCCAAAUCUCCAGAGGUAAAGUAUAUUGGGUUGGCUGCCGUCCUUGAUAGUCAUGAACAAGUUUCAGAAGCACAUAUACUCUCUAGAGGACUUGAAAUCUCCAAACUAGAGGCUUCUGGUGGCCCCCUUCGAACAGUUAAAGCCAACUUGGAUGAGACAUCAGAACAACCGUAUUUUCAAGAGGAAAGAAACCAAAAGGCAGCUUCUACUUUUGAUGGCCUACAGGAGAAGGCUGAGUCUGGAAUUGUUACUCUGCAUGGUGAUGCUGAGUACUCCAGCCUAUAUAAAACUACUGAUGUACACAGUGAAAGAAUUUCUGAACUGCAAAGAGAGGUAGACCAUUCUAAUUUGGACAUUAGCCAGCCUUUUCCAUCUCUGUUAUCUUCAUUUGUUCCUCAAGAACCAACCAGUGAGUCAAAAUAUCAUUCUCCCAAUCUCAGAAUGUUGAGGGUAUCUCUUGACACUCAACCAACAGCUUGUACACGGUCAACAGGAGACACUUCUAAAGGAGGCAAAGUCGCAGCUACUCAAUCCAGGGUGAAACCAGAUACCACUAGCGCUCUUGGAGAGUCAGACACCAGGACACGCCCUCCUUUCUCCCUUGAGGACUUGCCUCAGUUUGCGGUUGUACCUGAAAGCCGUCUAUCUGAAGAGGCUUCCCAAACUUCACCUCAUCUUGGAUUAGUUACCCCAAGUAUUGGGAAAUCACCUGCAGUCCCUACUUCCUGUUCACAAAGAGAGAAGCCUGGUAUUUUCUAUCAACAAGCCCCAACAGGUGGUCAUUUACCUGAAGACAUUAUGAACACUUCAGCUGCUCCAAGGCCUACUGACCAGAAGUUUGAUAGUCCAGCUUCACUCCCUACUUCCUACACAUAUGAAGGGCCUAAUGUUUUCUACCAACAAAUGCCAAAGAGUCAUUUAAGUGAAGAGACUGUGCAAGGUUCAGCUCUUCCUGGACCAGCUACCCAGAAUGUUGGGAUAACUGUACCACCCUUUCCUUCUCUGUCGCAUGGAGAAAAGUCUCAUACUUUCUAUUACCAUGCUUUGCCAGAAAAUUAUUUGAGCCAUCAGCCUUGGAAAGUUUCUGUUGCUCCUGGGCCUGUUGAUCAGAAGACUGGAGCAGCAGUAGGCGCUUCCACAAAUAGGCAUUUUACUGAAGAGACUUGGAAAGUGUCAUCUGCUCCUAGACCAGCUGCUCAGAAGCCGGAGAUGUCAACGGUACACUCUAGUCCCUACUUAAAGGGAAUAAAACCUGCUGUUUUCUAUCAGUACCCUCUGUUAGAAAGUUAUCCAGGCAAAGAGCCUCUGGAUGGUUCAGCUGUUUCUGGAUCAGCUGAGAAGACUCGGUCUCCAACAGUAACCUCUGCUUCCCAGCCACAUAGAGAGAUAGCUAAAGCUUUCUACCAGCAGACAUUAUCAGACAGUCAUCUAACUGAAGAAACAUUGCCCAUUUCUGUUAUUCCUGGCCGAGGUGACCAGAAGACUCCUUUACUAUCAGAAUUACCUUUUUCCUAUUCUCACAGAGCAAAGAACCUGCCUGAAGGAGUGAAAGUUUCCACUGAGUUUGGAUCUGCUGAUGAGAAGACUGACAUUCCAACAGUGUCUUCUAGUUCCUACCAGCAUCAAAAGAAACCUACUGUUCCUUACUACCAAGAGUUGCCAGACAGUCAUGUACCUGCAGGGACUCAGAAAGUUUCAUUUGUAUCUGGACCAGUUGACCAGAAGUCUGGAAUUUCUCACCCAUAUGUUGAGAUUCCCUGUGUUUUCUAUCAGCAGGAGUUGCCAGAUAGUCAUUCAACAGAAAAAUCUACAAAAACAUUGAUCCUGAGGCCAGCUGUACAGAAGACUGAUGUGUCAACAGUAUCCCCUACUUCUCCAUCACUUGCAGAAAAGCCUAUUUUGCCCUACCAGCCAACCCCUCCAGGUAGUCAGCUCUCUGGAAUAUCAACUAUAACCUCUGCCUCCUACUCAUAUCAAGAGAGGCUCAAUAUCUCUCAUCAGCAAAAGUUUCCGGACAGCUACCUAACUGAAGAGGCCCGGAAAGUCUUGGGUACUACUGGAUCAUUAGACCAGAAGACAGGGACCCCAACAAUGUCAUUGCCCUCUAUUUAUUCACAAAAAGAGGGGCUUGGUAUUUUCUAUCAACCAGCUCUGGCAGGGCCUCUAUAUCAAGAGACUCUACAAACUGCAACUACUCUACAAACUGCAGCUACUCUACAAACUGCAGCUACUCUACAAACUGCAGCUACUCUACAAACUGCAGCUACUACUAGUACAGUUGACCAAAUCACCGCUAUGCCAACUGUAACCUGUACUUCCUUCUUGCAAAGAGAGAAGCCUCAGAUUUUUUACCAGCAGGCUCCGCCAGGUGGUCAUUUGCCUGGAGAGUCUCUGAAGGUUUCACCUGCUCCUGCACCACCUGACCAGAACACUGGGGCACCAGCAGUGUCUCCUAGUUCUUACUUCCCUGGAGAGGAGUCCAUUAUUUUUUACCAGCCUGGCUUGUCAGGUUACCCUCUGUCUGCAGAGUGUUUCAAAGUUCCGGGGAUUUCUGGAUUAACUGAACAGAAGACUAGCACACCAGCAGGACCAUCAGGUUCCUGUCCAGUUAGAGAGAAAUCCAUUAUCUUCUACCAACAGACCUUGCCAGAUGGUCAUUUUCCUAAAGAAGCUUCGGAUGUUUUAACUUCUGGACCAGUUGACCUGAAGACUGGGGAGCCACCAGUAAAUUCGACUCCCUAUUCUUUUGGAGAAAAGCCCAUUAUUUUCUAUCAGCAGGCCUUGUCAGGUGGUCAACUAACUAAAAAAGACUGCAAAGUUUUAGUUGUUUCUGGGCCAGCUGACCAGAAGGAUGGGCUACCUCUUAUCACCUCUUCUUCAUACUCAAAUCUAGAGAAUACCAUUGUUUCUUGCUACCAAGAGUUGCCAGAUAGGCCUCUAACUGAAAACGCUGGGAAAGUUUCAGUUGUUCCUGGACCAACUGACCAGAAGACUGGGAUAUCAACAGUGCCUUCUACUUCCCACUCAAAAAUAGAGAGGCCUACUGCUUCUUACCAGCAAGAGUUUCCAGAUCUUAGUGAAAAAGCUUUGGAAGUUUUAGAUGAUACCGAACCUAUAGAACAGAAAACUGAAAUACAAGUAGUGCCCUCUACUCCCUUAUACAGUGAGACGCCUAAUGUUUCUUAUCAGCAGGAAUUGCCAGAUCUUACUGAAGAAGCUUUGCAAAUUUUAGCUGACUCUGGAGCAGUGCCUUCUGUCCCUAACUCAAAGGAUGCAACGCCCCUCAUCUCUUACCAGCAAGAGUCACCAGAUCUUACUGAAACAUCUUUGAAAGCAGUGGGACCUGGCUCUACUGAUCAGAAGACUCGGGCACGAAUAGUUUCCUUCUCAAGUAGAGAGAAGCCCAGUGAUUUUCAUGAACAGGAAUUGCCAAGUACUGGUGAGGAUGCGUUAGGUGUCCAAAAGGUUGGGAAAACAACAGAACCUUUAAAUUUAAAACAGAGAGAGGCCAGUGUUUUCUCUCCACAGGAGUUGCCAGCCAACCAUCUCACAGAAGAGGGCCUGAAAGUGUCAGCUGGUUCUACACUUAUAGCACAGACACCAGGGACUCCAACAGGGCCUUCUAGUUCUUACUUACAUAGAGAAAAGUUGAGUGAUUUUUAUCAAAAAGCCUCACCAGCUGAUGUUCUAACUGAAAAUUCUCUGAAGGCUUCAACUGUACCUGGACUAUCUGAUCAGAAUAGGAGACCCACAGUCUCAUGUGGCUCCUACUCACAUAAGGGGAAACAUAAGAUUUCAACUGCAGAUCUGCUGGAUGAGCAAAAGGUUGAGUUGCCAACAGUUACUCAUAGGUCCUGCCUCCAUAGAGAGAAGCCUGCAGCUUCAUCUGUGAUUGGACCAGAUGAUCAAAAGACUCCAUUACCAACAGCUUUUCAUGGUUCCUGUCCUCAAAAAGUAAAACCUGCUAUUUUUGUUCAAAAGCAGUUAACAGAUAGAGAUCAAAGUGAAGAUAUUCCGAAGAUUUCAACUGUCUCAGAACCAACAGUUGUAAGCACAGGUGUACCAGUACCUCUGCCUGGUUCUUAUUCACACAGAGAGAAAUUGGAUUCAUCCUGUGGAUACCCCCAGGAACUGCCAGACAGACAUCUAACUGAAGAUGCUCUGAAGGUUUCAAGUUGUCUUGGUCAAGCUGACCAGAUUUCUGAUUUACCUACAUUUUCUCCUGGUACUUAUUCACACAGUGAAAAGCACCAACUUGUCUCAGAACAUGCCCAAAAGCUGAUAGAUAAUUUGAAUUCUCCUGAGUCUUGUUCUCUCAUUGCAAACAGUAUGCCUUUAAAUUCUCAGAUUGAUGACGGAGUUAUCAUAUGUAAGCCAGAAUCUUCAGGUUUUGGUGAUGUUGGCUGUGAGGAAAUCCGGGAUAUAGAUCAUGGUUCUAAAACUCUUAAAGAAAUUCAGACUCUUUUAAUGGAGGCAGAAAAUAUAGCACUGAAACGCUGCAAUUUCCCUGCUCCCUUGGUUCCUUUCAGAGAUGUUAACGAUGUUUCAUUUAUACAGUCAAAGAAGAUGGUUUGCUUCAGAGAACCCUCCACAACUGAUGUUUGUACCCAGAGGGAGCCAUUUAUAGAGGAGAUCCCUCACAUUGAGUGUGUACAGAAGGACAUUGGCACACAGACAAAUUUCAGGUGCCAGAGGGGUGUUGAAAAUUGGGACUUUAUUCAUUCAACUACGAUUAGAAGUCCUCUACAGGAAGCAGAAGGCGCAACGAGGGUGGCAUUUGAUGGAACUUUCAGGCAGGUGGACGCUUCCAGGUCUGUAAUGAGGUCUGAACCUGAAGGUUGCAGUACAGGCAUUGGGAAUAAAAUUAUUAUCCCUAUGAUGACAUUCAUAAAGAGUGACUCGAGCAGUGAAGUAAGUGAUGGCUGCUGCUCAUGGGACAGUAAUUUACCUGAGUCUUUGGAGUCUGUUUCUGAUGCUUUUCUAAACUUCUUUCCAUAUACUUCACCCAAGACUAGCAUAACAGAUAGCCGCGAAGAGGAGGGAUUGUCAGAGAGUGAGGAUGGCUGUGGUAGUGUAGAUUCACUGGCUGCACAUGUGAAGUACCUUCUGCAGUGUGAAUCCUCAUUGAAUCAAGCCAAACAGAUACUUAAAAAGGCAGAGGAAGAGGAGUGUCGGGUCCGAGCCCAAGCCUUGAAUCUAAAGUUUAAUUUAGGACAUGACUAUGGAUACUCCAUUUCAGAAUUAAAUGAAGAUGACAGGAGGAAAGUAGAAGAGAUAAAGGCGAAGUUGUUUGGUCAUGGAAGAGCAACUUGCAUGUCUGAGGGCUUGCAGAGUCCACGGGGAAUAGGAUGUGUGCCCGAAGCUGUAUGCAGUCACAUUGUUAUUGAGAGUCAUGAGAAAGGAUGUUUCAGGACUCUUACUGCUGAGCGACCACGACCAGACAGCCGCCGUGGUGUUUUCCGACCUGUUGAACCUUCAGAUUUGAUUAGAGGACAACGGAGCCCAUCAUCAAGGAGAGGCAGGCACAUCAACCUUUCCAGAUCGAUAGAUCAGAGCAAUACCCGUUUCAAAGUUUGGAAUUCCUUUCAGUUACAGAGUCAUCCCCCAUUUCAAAAACUUGCACCUGAUGACAUCAAAAUUAGCAAGGGUGUUGGAAUGCCAUUCCAUGCAAACAUGGACCCUCAGCCAUUGGGAUUAGUAGAGCCUACUUGUGUGCCAUCUAAAGAAAUGGAUUUUCUUUCCUCAUCACAAAUACUGCCCCCUGAACCCAUGGAGGAGUUCACUACCUCCGUCACUUUUUCUUCUCACCAACACUCUAAGUACAUUUCUGAUUCCUCUGUUGUUAAGGUUGGUGUUACUGAAGGUAGCCAGUAUACUGGACCAUCUUUAGGAGUGUUUAAGUCUCAUAUCUCUGAAGAGCAGAUUUCUCUUAGAGAUCUUAAACAGAAAACCUCUUCCCCUUCAUCACUUAAAAGACAUAGUCAUUCACCAGUGACUGUUUUAGCAGAAGGUAGCAAGCAAAGGCAAAAAUUACUUCUUGAUUUUCAGCAUUCUUAUCAAAAACGAAAACUUUUAGAAAGAUCAGAGUUUAAAGCCAGUCCUUCUGAACCCAGUGUCAGUCCAAACUAUAGCACUUUCAAGGGAAUUCAGUUUUCUGGUAAGGAUACCACUAUUAACCCAGAUGAACCAAACAUUACACUUGAUGUAAAAGAGAAGAAUGUACCUGUAGCUCCUGAUCUACCUUCUUGCAUUUUCCUUGAACAACGAGAGCUCUUUGAACAAAGCCACACUCCACAUACAGAUCACCAGAUGAGGAAAUACUCUUCUCCAUUUUGUCCAGACAUUGCUUCUUGUAUUUUUCUUGAAAAGAGAGAAUUCUUUGAGCAAAGCCAAGCCCCACAUGUAGAUCGUGAAAACAGAGAAGACCAUUCUUUCUUUCCUAAGUGCCAGGAUUAUAUAAUUGCAGAUCUUCCUUCUCCCGACUUUCUUGAUGAGCAGGAAUGCAAAUCCCCAGAUGUAGAUGACCACAUGAGAAAACAGCCGUUCCCUCUUUCUCAAGGUCAAGAUUGGGUAGUAGAAAAGACCCAGCAUAUACCUCAGUCACAGUUUUCUAAUACGAUAAAUGUUGAAGCCAAGUUCAGUAAUUUGAUCUCCCAGUCAGCCCCUGACCACUGCACAUCUGCCUCUAUUCCACCUCCAAAUAGGAAAGCACUUUCAUGUCUUCGUAUAACUCUUUGUCCCAAGACUUCUUCCAAGUUGGAUAGUGGAACCUUAGAUGAAAAGUUUCAUUCAUUGGAUCCUGCUUCUAAAACAAGAAUUAAUAGUGAGUUUGACUUUGAUCUUCGAACUGUAUCUUCAAGGUCAUUGGAACCAACCUCCAAAUUACUGACCUGUAAACCUGUAGCACAGGAACAAGAAUCUUUAGGUUUUCUAGGACAUAACUCUCCACUGGACUUGCAAGUUGCACAGUCUUCUCUUCCAGAUAGUGAGACUAUUUCUCAGGACUUGAAAACCAAACCUACACAGAAUAGCCAGAUAGUAACGUCAAGGCAAACACAAGUGAACAUUUCAGAUUUGGAAGGAUAUUCCAAACCAGAGGGAACUCCAGUAUCUGCAGAUGGUUUACAAGAACAGAAUAAGGCUCCCUUUCCUACAUCCUCUGGGAAGUUAUCAUCUGAUGCAGUCACUCAGAUAACAACAGAAAGUCCAGAAAAGACCACGUUUUCUUCAGAAAUUUUUAUUAAUGUUGAUGAUUAUGGACAGGAAACUUUGGGCUCCAUGGGUCAAAAGCCACCCAAGUUUGCCUCAUCAUCUUCGAUGCAAGAAAUCACAUCUUCUCUUGGCAAAGACACCCAGCCUGUACUGUUGCCGUAUAAGCCAUCGGGAAGUUCAACAAUGUACUAUGUUCCACAAAUAAAAACAGUUCCUUCAGAUCUGGAUUCCAAAUCAGAUACCACUGUUGAGAGCUCACAUUCAGGAUCCAAUGAUGCUAUUGCCCCAGACUUUCCACCUCAAGUGCUAGGCACAAGAGAUGAUGACCUUUCCGCCACUGUGAACAUUAAGCAUACAGAAGGGAUCUAUAGUAAGAGGGCCGCAACAAAGGGGGAAAAGCCCCCUCAGAAAGAUAAUGCAGAGGCCCCAGUUCAAGUGCCCGUCAUUGGGGAUCAGAAUGUCUCAGACGAAAAACAGAAAGAGAUCAUCAGUAGACCUGUUGUGACCAAGAUGGCAUGGCCUGAAGAAAGAAGUUCCCUGCAGGACACUGCAGGUUCCAGUGAUACCAUUGUACAAGACAGAAAAACUGAAAACCUCUCCAAUUCUAAAUCUAUCAUACAGAAGGAGGAGAUCCAUGUUAAAAGGACCAUCCCUGAGGAACUCUGCCCAGAGAAAGAAGGAUCCUUAGAGAUAGAUAUUUCAGAGUCUGAAUGCCGUUCUGCAUUUGAAAACACCACACACUCUGUCUUCAGGUCAGCCAAAUUUUAUUUUCAUCAUCCUGUGCACCUGCCCCACGAGCAAGAUUUCUGCCCCGAGUCUUUGGGAAGGGGUGUUUUCAUGCAGCAUUCUUGGAAGGAUUUCUUUCACCAUCAUUCAAAGCACAGCUGCCUUCCUCCCCCUGGCACAAGGGCAGACAAGACCAAAAUGGAUUACACCAGAAUUAAGAGCCUCAGCAUCAAUUUGAAUUUGGGAGACAACGAGAAGACAAAUACUGUCAAGAAUCAGGCUAGAGACCCAAAAGGCAAAAGACAGACAAAUGACGCAAAAAAGGAUCAGAAGGUCACCCCAGAGCUAGCAGCACAGUGCACUGUGAGUUUGAAUGAACUCUGGAAUAAGUACCAGGAGCGACAGAAGCAGCAGAAACCACCUGGUGUUUGUGAAAAGAAAGAACUGUCUUUGGUGGAACGACUUGAUCGUUUGGCUAAACUGCUUCAGAAUCCCAUCACACACUCGCUCCAGGCCUCAGAAAGCACCCAAGACAAUAGCAGAGGGGGACGGGGUGUGAGGGGUUGGACCGGGAGGAGGCGGCAUCAGCAUAAAGGCAAGCUGCAGAGGAAACGGUGCAAGAGCCUAGAGAGGGGUCACCGUGGGAAAUCCAAUCAGAUUAAAAUUGAGCAGGUUAAAUUAGAUAAAUACAUCCUGAGAAAACGACCAGAUUUUAAUUAUGUCAGCAAUACCUCCUCAGAUACUAGACCCACAGACGAAAGUGAGCUGCUCACAGAUAGUCCCAACAUUUUUUCCAGCACCACUUCUCCUAUGGACUCAGAUGUGUGGACUCAGACUGACAGGGAUGUGACUUUAAAUGACAGGAGUAGCUCCGUAUCCACCAUCGACACAGCCCGGCUGGUCCAAGCUUUUGGCCAUGAAAAACUGUGUUUGUCACCCAGGCGAAUUAAAUUAUACAGCAGUGUCACCAAUCAGCAGAGGAGAUUUCUGGAGAAGCGGUAUAAGCACAGCAAGAAGGCACUGAGCACAGGCUGUCCCCAAAUGACUUCUGAGUACUCCAGAAGGAGGCACAUCCAGGUGGCAAACGAGAUUUCCUCUGACUCAGGUUCAUCUGCUGGUAGUUUCUUGAGCUUGGCUUCUACUCUUUACGAUGAGGAAAGUGUGCAUACGUUGAACAAGGGUGUACAAGCUGGUAACUUGGAGAUUGUGACCAGUGUCAAAAAAUACACUCGUGAUGUUGGGGUGACUUUCCCAACUCCCAGUCCUAGUGAAGCCAGAUUGGAAGAGGACAGUGAUGUGACUUCUUGGUCAGAAGAAAAAGCCAAAGAGAAAAAGUUCCUUACCAAUUAUCUGCGGGACAAAAACUUAAGGAAGAACAAGCCAAAUUCCUGUGAAGGUGUCGCAUGGUUUGUUCCUGUGGAAAAUAAAAAGUCUGGAUCUAAGAAGGAAAACCUGCCCAAGAUUUAUGGCCCUGGUAUCUCCUGGUUUGAACCAGUAACCAAAACCAAACCCUGGAGAGAGCCCCUGAGGGAACAAAACUGGCAGGAGCCGUGCACGAGCAGUCGUGGGUCCCUGAGAGGCCCGGGUGGAGAUGGUGCCCGGGCUCCUCUCAGGCCAUUCGUGAGAGCAACCCUGCAGGAAUCUCUUGAGCUUCACAGACCUGAUUUCAUCUCCCGUUCUGGGGAACGGAUAAAGCGCCUGAAGCUACUAGUCCAGGAGAGGAAGCUACAGAGUUUGUUCCAGAGUGAGCGGGAGGCUCUGUUCAAUGCGGUGCGGCCCCUGCCUAGGAGAGCCCUCCUGACUGCCCAGAAGAACAAGCCUAUUGGAAAGAGGGAAAUGAUCCAGAGGACCAGACGGAUUUAUGAGCAGCUUCCAGAAGUGAAGAAGAAGAGAGAAGAGGAGAAGAGGAAAUCAGAGUAUAAAUCCUACCGACUGCGAGCUCAGCACUUUAAAACGAAAGUGACCAACCAACUCCUGGGGAGAAAAGUGCCUUGGGACUGACAUAAGACUACUUUCCUCAGAGCCUAGGAAUACUUUUUUUUAAAUAAGCCUAAAGAAGCCUAAUUUAUUCUUUAAUGAGUGAUUUAAUAAAGCUUUCUCUUUGUCUGUGUGUAGCUUAGUACUCUGGGGUAUGGGCAGUGGUGGCUGGAGCGGCUGUGGUUGGGAAUCUGCCCUCCCUUUCUCCGUCGAGGCCAUGCCCACAGGCCCUUCCAUAGGGUGGACUCUGGGUUCUAGCCAAGGAGGAGUCCCUGUUGUAUGUGUGCUUAUACUUUCAGAAAACAAACCACUACCGAUUGACUUCUAGGGGACAAGCAGCAUGAGGUCGUUUCUUCCCCGUCUGGAGAGGAGCCGGGAGCUGGGCAGCAUCUGGCCUGCUGUGUGGACGGAUGUGGGUCUCAGAACAUGAAAUGUGGCUUCUUUUGAAUCAUAGCAUGGUGUAUAAGGUCUGCUCUUGCUCAUCACGGGCUUGUGUGAAAUCAGCAUCACCAGAGGCUCCCAGAAAGGCUCCCAGCCUUCUCCAGCAGGUCUUCCUUCACUUGCUCGUUUGUCUGUGAAAUUGAAGCCUCAGACCAUCCAUCAUCUAACAAUAGAAAUAUGAAACAAUAUUUACAACACAGGACAGUUUUUGGAAAAGAAGUGUUGAUAAAUGAUUCCCACUCUGAUCUUAACCCAGUGCCUGGGCAGAAUACAGAAAGCUCUCUUCCCCUUAUAAUUGAGCAUCACAGCUAAAUCCCAAAGCCAAGGAAAGAAUGCGCUGUACAUUCAGCAGACACCUCCCAGCCCCUGCAGAGGAAGCGGCAGCAUGACCUCAGAAGACUCCCUGAGAGGUUAGGAAGGCAGGGCCUGCCCCUGGCGCCCCAUGAGCCCGAACUUGUCCUUGUACCCUUAAGAUAUCAGAAGAUGCAGGGAAGGGUGCUCGGCCACCUAUAAAAUGAGAACAUCAGUACUCUUAAACCUUCUCAGCUCCAAGAUGCUGUGACUUGUGGGUUCACAUUCACAAUAGAGUUCCUUUGCAAGGCUUAGGCACAGUAGAAAUCAUGAUUGCUUGGGCCCAACACUGGGUUGUUCAGAUGUCCUCCAAGAGCAUUCAGAUCUAGCACCCGAGGAUUCAUGGAAACAGGGCUAGGGAACAGUUCUCAGAGCUGAAGUCUCCCUGCUUUUGUGUGCAAAGGUCUUUUGUAGCCUCCACCUUGUGGGCAAUACUUUGUACCGCCUGCAGACUCUUCUGCUCCCAGAGCACAAGAUGGCUUCCCUGCUGUGCAUAGCUCCAUUUGUGCUUUGUACUCGGCAAAAGCCAGAGUCCCCACUUCAGGCCUCAUUCCUCGGGUGAUGAGACUGCCCUGUCCUCUUCCUACCACCACACACUUGCCCUAACCGUAUUCUGCUGCUGCUUCUGUGUUACUGUGAUUUGCUCUAGAACUGCUUGCCUGCUGUCUGUCCCUUUGAGAGCUUAGCGCAGCCCAGUUUUGCAGUGAUCACCAGGCCUACAGUUUGGAGUGAGGGUUUGAGCAAAGAGGACAGAAUUUUAAUGCGAAGCCAGGCCUGGUAGAGUGGAAGUGCAGCUCUCCAAGUCAACAACAAUCAUCCCUGGCCUCCCAAAUACUGGGAUUUCAGGCAUGUCAAACCAUGUUUGUGUCUCAAAUGAUUGUUCUGUCUAGCUAUGAAAUUAGACCACUCUGAAUCAUUAUUGUGACCUGCAUCUUUGCUUGCUAGGAGCUAGGUGAUUUCAGUCUAUGUAGUUCGGUUGCUUAUAGCAGUCUCCAGGUAGUCACAAAACACUUGCCAGGGGAAGCUGGUCAGAGAGCUCACAGGGAAAAGUUUUACAAAAUAAUGUUGCCCUCCAGGGGGCACUCUUGUUGUUAGGGGAUUACAUUUCUUAGGAACAUCAACACAGAUGCACACUCAGUUCUCUUAGUCUGAGCAGCACUAGCUCUGAGUUCCUUCCCUAAUUUUCAGAGAGCUAAGGUACCCAGAAAUACCCAGGAAUCCAAGCUGUCUCCUCAGACUCUAGGGUCAAAUCUGCACACGGGUGCCUGCUCUCUGUCCACCGCCAUUUCUUGGUCAGCCUAGGUUGCUAGGUUUCUCUUCUACAGAGGACCUGUGGCCAAGUUCCAAAGUG